AUGUCCGUCGACGCAUACACCUCACCAGCCAUGGAUUUGGAUCUUGGAAUCGCAGCCGCGGGUCAAGAAACUCAGCCGCCUUCGCUCCAAGACUCUCAUAGAGGCUAUUCAUCAGCGCACCGUCCCAAGAAGGCGUCUUCGACCUGUUCUACUUGCCGGUUUCGAAAAGUGCGCUGUAAUGGAGCCCGGCCGAUUUGCUCAAAUUGUCAAAGACUCGGGUUUCCGUGUUCAUAUGAAGACCCCGAUUCUGAUAAUUGGUCCAUGUCUCUGCCACGACGCAGGGUCAAACAGGCAUGCUUGAGCUGCCACAGCCGCAAAGCACGCUGCUCCGGCCACAUGCCCGCUUGCGAUCGAUGCCGUACCCAAGGCCUGCAGUGUAUAUACCGCCCGGGCAAAAGAGUCAAGGGCCCCAGAAGUAGAGCGAACCCUAAUGAGUUCCCGAGUUCCCGCAGCUACGACGGUGAUGAACGAGACAGGCAAAAGGACGGAGACCACGACAGGCACGAGGACAGUGAUGCACCUCUCACCGACCCAGCAAACACUCCAAGCACUCUCAAUCAUGACCUUCCCGGCACAGACGGAUCGUUUGAGUCUCUCACAAGUCGCACGUUCGACCAGUUCUUUCGCCAUGUCCAUCACAUCCCCAUGUACUCCUUCCUUCACCGUGCGUCUCUGAUGGAGCAAUACAACGCUGGCAAAGUGGACGAAGCCCUGCUACUCGCGCUGAUUGGGAUAACCUCUUGUCUGACCAACAUGGGCGAUGGGGUGCGCGAGUACGGUGACCGUUGCAUCGACCGAGCGGAGAAGCUCAUCUUCUCCGACUACCCUCGGCCUUCGACUUUCAAAGUUCAGGCUCUGGUCUUCAUGAUCAAGCACCGAAUUCUUUCAAACAAGUACCCCAGUGCUUUCAUGCUGCUAAGCAUGGCCUCGCGCUUUGCUGCUGCGCUACGCCUGAAUCACAACAGCCCCAACCUUUGCUUCCUAGCUCAAGAGUCCCGGAGACGGCUCAUGUGGUCCCUCUACUGUAUUGACACUGGCAUCUCUGCGGGAUACCGAGACUUUGCGCUUUGGCGGGUGGAUAGGAUUUUCGUUAGUCUGCCUUGCAAUGAACGAAACUUCGAGUUUGAUCUGCCCCAACCUGCUGAAAUGCUUGACCCUGACAGGAACAGCCCAGAAGCACUGCACCCUGAAGAUGUAGGCAGCUUGGCUUUGCAUGUUAGGAUCCUGCAUCUGCGUCAGAAAAUCAUUGAAUUCACAAAGGAUGUCCUUGUCAGUCGGGUCAUCACCGAUACGUCAAGCCUGCAGGAGCCGGUGCUGGCACUACACAAGCAGCUAGACGACUUUGCGGGCCGGCUCCCCGCCUCGUUCCAGUUCUCCGAGAGCUCUCUCCGUCUCCGGGCUUACUCUCCCAGAAUCUGCGUGUUUGUAAUGAUACACGUGUGGUGGCACCAGUGCCAUUGCGACUUGUACCGCAUGACAAUGGCCGGCUUCCGGGAGGCCCUGCCGGAAGCAACACUGCAAAGCUUGGAUCCGGCCUUUCUCACCCACUGCCGACGCCAGUGUGUGGACCACUCAUUGGCCAUGGCCAGCAUUUUCGAGUCCAUGCAGAAACUGGGGGCGAAGCCGGUCGCGGACUUGGAUCUCGCCCUCUGCGCAUACCAGUGCGCUCGUAUGCUCAAAUACGCGCUGCACGGCGGUGGUGAAGGGCUUGGCCUGACUACCGAGGCCGUCACCGACAAGGCCAGAGUGUGCCUGCAGAGCAUCAAGCAGUGCUGCAUGGGGCCGGCAGCCGGGGCGAUCCGCUCAGACCUGGAGAGGCUCAUCAGUCAAGGCCUAGGCUCGGAAGUGUCGUCCCCUCGCGACGUCGCAGCCGCCCUGGCUAGGACCAGGGCCGCCACCACUGACAACGACGAGUCCCCGAGGCAUCCGACCCUCCGAAAUGUCGAAGCAACCGGGGACCCAGACGUUUUGUCCACGACAAGCAUCGCUCCCGAUCCCGCAAGCUCCGAUCCUCCGGGCUCAUUCGUGGCCGCGCCAGUCGCAGCGUCCGCCAGCCAAGCAUCGUUUCCCGUCCAAGCAUUCACGGCGACCGCGCCUUGGAGCUCGGCCUCGAAUCUUCCUCCCGUGGCUGAAGCCAUACCUGCCGCGCCAGUCGCUCCACCCGACGUCGAGCCGACGGACCUGGCGGCCUCGUCGAACAAGCCUGAAAGUGCAUCUGGGGAGUUGAACAGCGCAUACGAAGGCGCCUUGGGAGGGUUCGAUCACGACAGGGGCCUGGCUCGAGCCAUGGGCAUCGAGUUGAGCCCGUGGAAUUGGAGCGGCGACCUUCAAUGGCCAGACUUCUUGAGGGAUGGUGUCGGGGUGUAA